ACGAGGCACCGCUACAAAUAGGUUGAGCGAGUGUCUGUAGAUGGCAAGGAAGCUGGACUUCGGGAAUCCAGCGCCCUGAUAUGCUCGCGUUGGUGCCGCAGUGGGUACCAGUCGCUAUGCUGGAGACGUUAGCGGAUCUGUGGGCUGCGAACAAGAACAAGACCUGGUGGCUCUCAGCACGGAUCCCUUCUCACAUCUCGUUAGCUGCGACAUAUUUUCUUCCUUCGAAUAAAGAGCCUGUUCAAUCACGCUACAAAAAGGAGCAUGCCGCAGUCGGGCCUUUGAAUGGCGUCAGCCAGUCAUUUGGCAGCUUGCAACAGGUAGUUAAGAGACAUCGGCUGUACCGCUGCAAGCGACUGACUCAGGGCUUCGGCGGGCAAUAAUAUCAGGCUCCCAGAACUCGCGAAUACCCCCCACCUGCAAAUCUCUCAACCAGCAUCAACACCUCCGGUUUGUGUACUCCUCCCAACUUUGGUCAUUCAUACUUCUUGUCUGAAGUCACGGUUCCAAGGUACCUCCUACCUGUACAAGGAGUCAAAAUACCCCUUCAUAGGUAGUCUCGUGCUACUAGUAUUACAUCGCAGUGCGCCGCCCCAGACUACACUUGCAUGAUCAAGGAAUCCUAUCACGUUUCAAAGCAGAACAGGAGAACUCCCUUCACGAAAAUCCAAAACCACUCAAUCAUUACCCAAAGCUUGUUAAAGACUUCAUUGGCUUCAUUCAAUGGCCCAUCGAUAAUACACCCCUCCGAAUUGCUAUCGAUAAGAGGAAGAUGGACUUGUCAUCUAAACUUGUCCCUUUCCCAACCGGGGUUUAGUUAUGCAAUAUCCAUUGACAAUAAUAAUAUCCUCUUGAAAGUGAUAAAUGAAAACAUAUUUUUGUGAUUUAUCCGCGCAACUGUGCAGGAGACCAGUCGAAUCUCUGGGGGCCACAAGCUCUUCGGGGCGCGAGGGCAUGGACGUCAAAGUUGGCGAGCGUUUUUAUUCGCUUUGCCAGGGCCAAUUGCAUCCCGAAUCAGCCAAACGGCUCCGUGAUUCGCAGGCAGGGUUAUCCAGGCUAAGAGUUAGCGAGGCACGCGAAUGCAACUCUGGCUCGGCACUCUCAGAGUCUCGCAACACAGCGUUCUACCUCAAAUCCUAACCGUCCCCGGAAUUCGAGAAUAAUAACCCUCUGUGAUGCUCGGCCUUCAUGGACGCCGAUCCUCAUUCUCAAUGUGGCCUCUGCGGAGUUUAUUUGGUAGCAGAGAAGCAUGAUAGGAUUUAAACAAACAUUGUCAAUCAGCCUUUGAUCUCUGAGUUUUUGAUCAUUGCCUAGGACAAGAUUUUCAUGCUGUGAUCUCUAUGUCGUGCAGCGAGGCGCAGACUCUAAUCUAAAAGACAAAAAUAACACUAUAUUUUCGGGUUUAAAAGACUUUGCUAUCUGCCAGAGGAAAUCAAGAAAUGACGCAGAGGCACGUUUCUUCGUGAUAGGCGCACAUAUCACGCCGGCUCACAAGGGCAUUUGUUUGCAGGGGAUUUAACGUGGGGUAUGGAAGUUGACCGGUAGGCUGAGGGAUCCAGAGGGAAAAUAUCAAAAAUGAAAAUUACAAAGAAAAAAGAAAAAAUGUAGUUAUAUGCCGCCAUCUUAAAAAACUAGGAGAUUUUUCUACUCUGAGCCUAUCAUACCGCUCGAAUCAUGGUCUUCCACUUCUUCAUCAAACUCAUCCCAAUCUGCAUGUCUGUGCUCUGUAUCUCCCGACCUCGUUUCCCUAUCAGAAGAAGCUGAGGGGUUCUGUUCGCUUAGUGGUUAAUCUAAGGCGGAGAAAUAUCAAAUUCUCUAGAUCAACUCGUCUUGCUAUGUAUCAGGCGAAAAUCAUUCUAUUUGCUGCCAUCCUUACAGUGUUUGAAAGGCUUUCCCAGCUUAGCAUCCCAAAGUCAAAUACGGAGUACACUAUGGCGAGAACGAGCCGAAACGCACAGUCGCUAAUAAUCCUGCAGGGGAGCAACCUCGGGGGUCAAUCAACGCUGUCCGCAGCUCCUGUUUUCGACAUGCAGAGUACAGAGUAAAUGCACGAUUCAGCUGUGCUGGGACGGCAAGCCCCCGUGAUUUUCUCUAUUCUUCCUAUCACGAUUCCACAGCAAACCACGCUAAGAAUUAAUCCCCUCGAGUCACUAAUCCAAACUCGUCCGCUGGGCGCGUAUGCUGGGUCGAUCCACACGCUUGACAGAGUAACUAAAUAUUGGGCUACAAGGCUGACUUCCUUCCAUGUACUCCGUACGGACUAUUAGUUUUAGUAGAUAUUUUAAUCGAGAGCUCUUGACUCUAAACCCUUUCUUCCACAACACACAAACUAAUAAUAGAAAGCUUGCAUGACAGGAACAGAGAUUAAGAAAGUGAGAUGCUAACUGAGUCUGUGACUGUCAAUCAUUGUGUUUUUCAAGGGACGCUUUUGAUUAAGAGUAAAUUAAGCCCUCUAGUUAUAAGUAUGUCAUAUAUGUGAUAAAAACUUUC